AGCUGGGUACGGCUGUUCCCAUGCAUGACUCGACCGAGGCGGUGCCAAUGCACGAGGGUGAUGGGCCUUCAAAAAGGUUUAAAAAGUACCGCAUGACCAGAGAGAGCAUGGGCAAUGUAGUGACCGAUCAGUGGCAGAAGCUGAUUGCAAAGUAUGGCUCACUGUGA